AAUGAGAGAACCCUAAAAAGGCCAUUCCCUCUUCCUCUCCCUCUCAAAAAUCAGCCGCCUCCUCCAAACACCCCCAACUGACGCCUCCCCUCUCCUCUCUUCCUCCCAGCCACCUCUUUCUCUCCACCCGCCUUUCUCCCUUCUCUCUCCCCUUCCUCUCACUCUUCCUCAGCCUCCCUCUUCUCUUUCCCCAGCGCCACUCUCCCGAAAAAUGUCUUCCAUAAAGCCUAAGCCGACUUCGUUAACUGGCGGGGCUCUGGCAUGUCCGUUAUGGAAAUGACCAACCGUGGAAAAGAAUUCCUUUCCAUUAUUCAAAAAGAAAAAUCAGAUCUGAGAACCCUUCUUAGUAUCUCUGAUGAAUACGCCAUUCUUUUCCUUCAAGGUGGGGCAACAACCUGAGCGGCCAUUGGCCUCUGUAACUGUUAUUUCUGCAGUUUGUGUGUUUCUCUCUAAGGUAUCGGUUGUUCCCUCUGCCGCCGCACUUGUCAUCAAGGCGUUGAAGGAGCCGGAACGUGACAGGAAGAAGACUAAGAACAUCAAGCAUAACGGUAACAUCUCACUUGAUGUCGUCAUUGAAAUUGCUAAGGUGAUGCAGCCUAGAUCUAUGGUGAAGGAUUUGAGUGAAAUCGUUAAGGAGAUCUUGGGAACUUGUGUAUUUGUUGGUUUUACGGUAGAUGGAAAGGAUCCUAAGUAUUUGCAACAAGAUAUUAUUGAUGGAGAUGAGGAGAUUCCUCAGGAUUGAUUGCUGAUUGAUGGUAUAAGGGUGAAUUAUGAACUGAUUAUUCCAUUGAUGGACGUAUCCAGUUUACGAUGAGUUCCAACACCGAUGAACAACAAUCAAAACUCCAAUCGUAAACUCCAAUUGCAACAAUGGUAAACUCAAAUCUCUUACUUUAAUUUUAUUAAAUUUUGCUUAGUGUCUCCUAUUUUGUAUCAUUAUUACUGUUCUUUGAAAUUUUGUUUGCUUAAUCUGUUACUUUUUUUGUCAAAUUUUGUUCAUUGAUUUUUUUGUAUUUUUUUUUAAAUGCUUUUUUAUGUAAUUGUUCAUGAGGUGUUUAUUUCCAUUUAUGGUACUGCUUUAGUUUUAUUUUUGAUUAGGUUUAUUAUUGAUUAUUAUAUUCAUUUGCAACUAGAUGCAUCAUUUCUUGAAGUUGCUGAUUUAUUAUAUAUUUAUUAUUGUUAUGCUUUUGUUUUC